UGUCGUGUUCGAAAAGGAAAUUCGGGAAGCAAUGACCGGGGGAGGGGGAGCGGGCACGAGGACCACAAACCACGGCAAGCGAAAGGCGAGCGCAGGCGGCAGCGUCGUAGGGAAGAACAAAGCAGCAGCAUCCCAUCACGCGAGUGCCAAAAAAGCCCGGGGCAAGGACUACCCACACUGGGCCACACACUUUCUGAAGCGGACAUGCGCGCACCGCAAGAUCCCGAGGAUGUCGCAGAGGAGCAAGGGUGUCCUGGUGGCGGCCCUGCGACCUCUCGACGCCAACAUGAAACGGCCAUCUCCGUACUUCGACGACCUCGAUGCUAUCGCAGCCGGCAAAUCUGGACGCGGCAGCGAGCAGGAGGAGGGGGAGGAGGGAGUCAUCCCGGCGAAAGCGCUGCUUAUGUUUCGAGGCGUUAUCAACAUGGUCGCCCUAGCACGUGACAGAACUGAACCGUUUACAGUCGAGGGUGUGGACUACAGUGUGGCGGACCUUUACGACGCCAUGGAGAAGGAAGACAAACCGGAACUGGAGGAUUCUGCCGGCGGGAGUUCGUCGACGGGUGGUGCAGCCGGACCGGACGGGGGUGGUUCCGCCGGAGGGAGCGGCAACAUCACGGAGCGCAAGGGCCCACACUGCAUGAUGCGGCUCGUUGGGAUCCUGUGCGAAGACUCCAUCCGCCCACGUGUCACCAACAACAGCCGCUUGCAGGCGACCCGGCAGGAGCUGGACACCUCAGCAGUUGGGCCGCGGAAACAUUUGUGGACAGAGGUCACCGACUGCUUCCGAGACCCUCGCCACAAUGUUAGAAAAAUCGUGGACGACGAACAAGUGAGUCACGUCAACCCGAACAUCAUCCAUCCAGCAACCUAACAUCUCGGCGGAAAAGAUCACCAAGAUGUGGUCUGCGGCAAAGGCGAAAUGGAACACGCCUAAUGCCAAUUGGAAGAGUGAAUCCGGCAACAACCAGCCAUGGCUUUCAUUUUGCCA